AUGUCAAAUGACCACCAAAAGCCCGAUACCUCUCGCUUUCUGGCAGCACCUCGCCGAUCAGGAGCCACCCCUAACCCAGCAGGAACGCACGCUUUGUUCAGCCUUUCAGCUUAUUCCUUCGACACCCAUCGUAACAACUCGGGAGUAUAUGUGCUAGAUCUUGGAAGUGGUGGAUCGCACCUUCUUUCGCAAGAUACCAAGUCGACUGGUCAUGUUUGGACAGGAUUCGGCUCAGAUGUUCUUUGGCAAAAGCAAUUUGCUGGAACGACCGAACUUUGGAUUGAUGAUGCUGCUGCUCCUGGGAAGAGAACGUACCGGGCUGGUCUCAUUGAUUGCUUGAUAUCAACCCAGAAGAUCGUUCGCUUGACAGACGAUGCAUUUGCAAUUGUUGCUCUCGGGCCAAAGACUGGUGUCGCGACACCUUCAACUUAUUCGACAGCAACUGAGUGUUCAUUUCUGCCAGGUCAAGGCCUGAUCGCUGAUUCGUCAACGGAAAGAGUCUUGUGGUAUUUGAGAUUUGACGUGGAUGCAAGCCAGCCAGAACUUCACUUCACUUUAUCAUGGCAUAUUAUGGAUAUCAUCAGGGACACGGGAGUAACAUUUGCUCCUUACUCAGGCAUUGUGAUGAUGGGGCCGACAAAUCUCGAUGUCUCUCCCUCAGGCCUGGUCUUUGCAGGACGCACGCGAAAUCAAUUUGAACAGGAACAAAGAAACUGGACAUCUGAUGCUUUUUUCCUUCCUAUAUCAUACCUGCAGUCACCAAAACCACAAACAAACGUGGUCCUACGGAAACUUACAACGGAGAAAUAUUCUGGAACUGUCACACUUCCCAUUAUCACAGCAAGUGGGUUUGUCGCCUUUUUGAAAAACGGAGACAGAGCCAAAAUGACCAGUAAAAAUCAUAUUUUCUAUGUUAACGUCUCUAAAAACAGUACCACAAAAGAGAUUAUCCUUCAUACGGGACCCAUCGUAGAAGAGCUUUGGCCCCUUAAUCCUGAAAAACUCACAUGGAGUAAUGACGAGAAGAAUAUUUUCAUUUCUGCCGCAGACACGGGACGCCAGAGAGUGUUUCAGCUCUCCAUUCCAAAUUAUGAAGGUUCAGCCAUCGAGAAAAAUAUCCCCACGCCCCUCAACUUUGGUUUUGGUUCAACUUCAAAUAUAUGCAACUACUCCUCUUCGCCUUCCGACAAACGAAUGCUGGUCAGCAAGACAGGUUUUGUGGAUAGCAGCACUUUUUUGACUGUGCACCCGUCUACCAACACUUUCAAUAUUCUGUCUACUCUUACAGACUGUGAAGAACUUGGACUCAACAGAGAUCAAAUAUCAGAAUGCUGGUUCCAAGGUGAUGGGGAUUAUCAAGUACAUUCAUGGAUCAUCAAGCCAUCCUUCUUCCAAGAAACUGAAAAAUACCCUCUUGCCCUUCUUAUCCAUGGCGGUCCCCUUUCUUCGUGGCAAGACAACUGGAGCACUCGCUGGAAUCCGGUUUUAUUUGCUGAAGAAGGCUACAUAGUAGUAUGUCCUGAUGUAACCGGUUCUGUAGGUUAUAACGAGGAGUUCAAAGAGGCAUCCAUUCGCGAGAUAGGUGGCCGUCCUUACAAGGAUAUCGAAAAGUGCUUUGGAUACAUCGAACAACACAUCAAAUGUGCGGAUACUAGCAACGCAGUCGCACUAGGGGGCAGUUACGGCGGCUACCUAAUUUACUGGCUCGCUGGACAACCAUUCGCACGCAACUUCAAGGCCUUGGUGGCCCAUGCUGGCAUGUUCAAUGCCGCUGCAUUAUACGCAUCGGACGUACCAGAGAUUUGGAAAGUGCUAUUCGGUGGCUAUGAUAGUGACCCUUCUCAAAUAGUCAAGGUCUUCGAGAAAUGGGAUCCGGCACAAUUCGCGCAUCGGUGGCAGACGCCGAUCUUGAUCACGCAUGGUGCGCUUGACAAGCGGGCUCCCCCAACAAUGGGGCUUGCAGCGUUCACUUCCGCACGGAUGAAGGGAGUAGAGAGCAAGUUCUUGAGUUUUCCAGAUGAAGGGCAUUUCGUGCUGAAGCCAGAGAACUCGUUGCAGUGGCAUCGCGUAGUGAUCGAUUGGAUGAAUAAACAUACUAGGAAGUAA